AUGUCGUACUACUUCACAAUCCUCUCGCCCACUGAUGUGCCCCUAUUUAACAUUGCAUUUGGCACAUCCAAAGGUGGCGGCGAUGGCAUUGCCCGCUUCCGGUUCCCGGACACAGCGCAGUACAUGAACCAGUUCAUCAUCCAUUCGAGCUUGGACAUUCUCGAGGAAGCGCAGUGGACGAAUGGGGGAAUGUACCUGAAACACAUCGACACCUACCCCCCAGCAGCAGCCUACAUCACCGCCUUCCUAACCCCAAGCGGGGCCCGCUUUCUCCUCCUCCACCAACCUCCACAACUCCCAGCUUCUUCGUCUGGCACGGGAAGCGGGCUCGGCUCAUCCUCGCUCCUCGGCACAGCGGGGUCGACUACGCGCGCGUCGUCGAGCUCCGUCGCCGCGAACCCGACUUCGCCGCAGACCGAGGAGGCGGUGCGCCAGUUCAUGAACGAAGUGUAUGAGAGCUACGUCAAGACUGCGAUGAGUCCGUUCUACAAGCAGGGAAUGGAAAUCCGGAGCCCCGUGUUCAGGACUAGGGUUACAGCGGCCGGGAAGAAGUGGCUAUAG